UUUCUCAGUCGUUAGGAGCACAUGCUGUCAGUAAGACUCAAGUGCGUCAUUGCAACGUUUUUUUUUCUUUAAUUGUGCGGUGUCAAUCAGAGAUAAGAUAUCUUCUUAUAGUUACAAACAUACAUACAUAUAUACAUAUACAUAUACAUACAGAGGCAUGGACAUAUACAUAGUUGUGCCCGAGUAAUAUUUGAUUAUAAAAUACAAAUUGUAAUUUUUUCAGAUGUGUGUCAAGCUAGUUCUUAUGUAUUUAAUUUUCAGUUAUUUAGUAACAAAUAACAACUCAAUACAAAUAUGCUGUACACCACAAUCAAUAUUAUACAAGAGUCAAGGAUCAAAUAACUCUACUUAUUUAAAAUGUAUUCAUGCUAUGGAUGGUCUAAAUGAAACAGUUAAUCCUACAAGUAUGGACAUGCUCGGCAAAACAGAAAGUCCACAAGGAUAUGGCUUGGAAAUUCUUAAAGAAAUUAGCAGACAUAUGAAGUUGCUACAAUGUGCACAUACCAGCAUUUUGAAUAUAUCACUGUUUACAGAAAUAUCAGUCAACGUAUCACCGGAAUCAUGCCUUCUAAUUGUAAACAACAGUCUUAUUGUUGUAACAUGUAAAUCCAGCAUUGGUGAUGAGCUUCAAAGUAUUGGUUUUGUUAACAAAUGCUGUCCCCAUGGUUACACAUAUGUCUCUGAAUUAAAUAAAUGCUAUUUACGCGAACCCGACUUCAAUGUAUACUCUUCCAUUUUCGACAAGCCAAUGAUAUUUGUCGAUAAUUCAUUCGUAUGUCCUAAAAAUAAUGUUUUAGUUGAAUAUGUGGUUGAGGCGAAAACAAUACACUUAAAAAAACGACAAAUUUUACUUAAAGACUAUGGCAGAUCGUUUAAAAGAAAUGAAUUUUGCAUUGAAGCUAUUGAAGUGUUAAUUGAAAAUAGAAACCCUCAACUCUACAAAAAUAAUGAGCAAUUUUUAGUUCGCACUUGUCAACAACUUCAAAUUUGCGAUUCGGUACCAUGUAUUCGUAAGUGUUGUGCCGACGGUGAAAUAUAUUACAAAGGGAAUAUGACGACUUCUUGUAUAGGCGAUGAAAACAAUUCUAAAUUUCAGAGUCUAGCAACUAUGAAUCUCAGUGGAGUUUUCACGAAACCCUCAGAAUUUGGAGUUUUGACCGGAUUGGAAUGCUCAAAAUUUCGCUUGGACCCGGAAUCCUUUGCUGAUGAAAGCCAUGUAAUUAGUUCAACCACAGGAUCAUUGCUGAUAUCCAGCACAAGCAAAAUUUACUCAAACAGUCAAUAUUGCAUCGAAAAAAUAAAGAACUCAUCAUAUGCUGAUCAAAAGCUGUACACAUUUCUGUGUUUUGAUUCUAAAGUACUGAACAAUGAUCGCAUACGAUUUAAGAUGUAUCCAGUUGGACUUCUGAUAUCCUGCUGUUUUUAUGCAAUAACCCUUUUGGUCUAUACGUCAAUCGAAAAACUGCGUAACCUUCCGGGAAAAAUUUUGAUUUGCUUGGUAAGCAGUCUUCUAUUCGCAUACCUUGGAAUCGCACUAGGUCAAUUAUUCCCAACAAAAAACGAUGAUAUGUGCUUCCUGUCAGGUUUUCUUGUAUAUUUCUUUCUGAUGGCCGCUUUUUCUUGGAUGAAUAUUACAUGUUUCGACAUAUGGAAGACUUUUGGAUCAACCAAAUCAACAAAUUUACAAAUAAGCGAGCAACGAACCCUUUUUUUAUGGUACUCUUUUUAUGGUUGGGGAAUGCCCACAGUUUUAACAAUAAUAACUGCUUCAUUAAGUAAAUCCGAUGUGUUAAAUGAAACUAUCCGACCCAUGUUUGGACACGGCCGAUGUUGGUUUACCUAUGAUACAAUUGGAUUUGCUAGCUUGUUGUUUUUCUCGGGACCUCUCGGAAUACUUUUUAUCGUUAAUCUCGUAUUGUUUUUGUUAACGUUAAAAUACUGCAACAAAGUAAAGCGAGAAAUAUUUAGAAUGCAAAGUUCAAACACUGAAAAACAUACCUUAAGGAGUCGUUUUUUUAUGGAUAAAACAAGAUUUAUUAUGAAUACAAAACUUUGCUUUGUAAUGGGAAUUACAUGGCUUUUGGAAAUUGCCAGCAUUUUGUUUUAUGAUCACAAAAAGAAUUUUUUUUGGUCAAUUAGUGAUUCAUUCAACGUCUUGCUGGGUGUGUUUGUUUUCAUUAUAUUCGUUUUUAAAAAACGUGUAUGGAAGGAAAUCAUGGUAAAACUAGGUUUUCGGCCAAUGAGCGAGCUAAGAAGAAGUGGAAAUGCAACCUCUUUAACACAAUCAACAUGUGUAGCUCAAAGUAUAUCGAUGAAAAAACUUGGCGGUGGUAACGGUGAUAUGCCCCUCAUCAGAAGAACGCCUUAGUCCUACGCUCUCCAUGAAAAAAUUAAGCUUAUUCAAUUAUAUCUUUUAUGUAUGAAGAAUUAAAUAAAACCCAA